CCAAAGAUCCAUCCACUACUUUUUGCGAUAGCUUCAAAUUUAGACCUUCGAACUCCCAAUUCGUUUGCGGUUUCGACACAGAAAAAUUUCUUAACCUUUACAAACUCAACGAAACUCCCCCUUCUGUACAUACAUCUAUACAUACCUACUUCUUCACAAUGUCUACCGUCCGAUCAGUCAAGUCUCUCAUCCCCCUCCUGGACCGUGUCUUGAUCCAGCGAGUCAAGUCCGAAGCCAAGACCGCCAGCGGCAUCCUGCUGCCCGAGUCCAGCGUGAAGGAGCUCAACGAGGGCAAGGUCCUCGCCGUCGGACCCGGCGGCCUUGACAAGGAUGGCAAGCGUCUCCCCAUGGGCGUGCAGCAGGGUGACCGGGUGCUGAUCCCUUCGUAUGGUGGCUCCCCGGUUGAGGUCGGCGACGACGUAUACCACGUCUUCCGCGACAGCGAAAUCAUUGCCAAGAUCAACGAGUAAAAAAAAAAAUAAUCACGAUACCCACGAUUUUAAUGACACCGAUGUACUAUAGCAUGUAUGUACAACAGGAGGCCCAACAAAAAAACAAAGCAAAAAUUUAAAGAAACAGAACUCGGGUCAAGCUUUUGCAUAUAAGCGCAACGUGUGAAUUGGCGGCCGGAUGGGCAAAAAAAGCGGUCUUCCCGGACUGUACCUAGGGUAUUAUUAAGUCGGUCAGUAACCUCGUUGUAAGAGGCUCUCAAACUUGCGCGGUCUCGAGGUGCGGUUUUUUUCAAAUCUCUCCACUCUUCACCUCGGAAAUGUGUGUGUUCUUUAUUAGGGAACUAAGUGAAAAUAUUUACGAAAUGAAAUAGAUGGGAAAACGAC